AAGACUGCAAUGUUGACCUUAGCGAAAAUUUUGUUGAUUUUAAGUCUAUUCAUUUGGUUACCAUUUGCAAGGCCGGAGGAAAAAAAUCCAGGAAGAAAUGUAACUCAGUACAUCACAGAAGAUUUAAAAACAGCGGGAAACCAAUCCAUUCCUUUGGAAAGAAGGAAAAAUGUGACUUCAGUGAAUGACAAAAGGAAUACCUCCAAACCCAUGGUGACAGAUGCCUCUGUUUUGGAUUUACCCACAACCUACGAAACAAUACCUUCUACCAGUAACAGGCCAACAGCUAGCUCUACUGAGGGCCCAAGACCCACACCUGCAUAUUCCAUCCCUCCCUUGACUCAUAGCUUUGUUUCCAAGUUGCCUUUGAACUUGUCCACAGCAAAUUUCUCAGCACAUAACGAUCCUACGCAUUUUGGAUCAUCAGAAAAUUUCACCUGGUCUCUGGACAAUGACAGCAUGAACGUUCCUGACAAUAUUUCCAGUACAGACAGCAUUCUCCCUUUCCCUCCGAUGACUACACCUGUGACCCCUUUGACAGAUGAACCUACUGGAUGGCCUGCCACAGACAAUGACAACUUUGCUGGUUUUACCCUGUAUCAAGAAAAAACAACUUUACAGCCUACCUUAAAAUUCACCAAUAAUUCAAAAUUUUUUUCCAAUACAUCAGACUCCCCCAAAGAGUAUAAGAAUACAGGAAUAGUAUUCGGAGGCAUUUUAGGGGCAAUUUUGGGUGCAUCCCUGCUUAGCCUUGUAGGCUACUUAUUGUGUGGACAACGGAAGACAGAUUCAUUUUCCCAUCGGCGACUUUAUGAUGACAGAAAUGAACCAGUCCUGCGAUUAGACAAUGCACCAGACCCUUAUGAUGUCAAUUUUGGAAAUUCUAGUUACUACAACUCAGCUGUGAGUGAUUCAUCCAUACCAGAAAGCAGAGAAAGUGUACAAGAUGGCAUUCCUAUGGAUGAUAUACCUCCACUUCGAACCUCAAUGUAA